AUACUUGUUCAUACUUGUUAUUGUUUUUUUUUUUCAGAAAAUCAAGGCAUAAAUGAUCGUAACCUUUUUGAGGGAGACAUGAUUCUUACACCAGAACAGCGUUACAGAGCAGAGCAUGGGAAGCCUGUGUUUGGCUCAAACCGGCGCAAAAGAGGUGCAAGCACUUUCGCCCUGUGGCCACUUGGGGUACUUGUGUAUGAAAUCGAUCAAUCUCUUGGUGAGUUCUCGGUGAAACUAAGGCAAAUCUUAGCUAUUAUUUUAAGAUGAAGGUUAAUCAAUCUUGGCCUUUGCGCUACUUCAUAUAAGUCAUUGCACUAAGUCACUUUAAAAGUCUCCGUUAUACAGUAACAAACCCGCCACGUUAUUACAGCCAACCCGUUAUGACAAACUUUUCUGCACGAACAUAAUUACAGUCAUUUUCUUACAACUGAAAUAAUUUUUUAGACCUCCUCAAAGUGACCAGUCAGAUUACUUAAAUCGUGAGACCGGUUUGCAAGUAAGCGAAGCAAUCAAUCUGAUAAGCAGAUACUGUUUGUUUUCGAAAGACGCUAAAGUUGCAUGCUAAAUGAGCGUUCAAAAUGAAUGAUCGAUAUAUCGUUAACCGUAAGAUUGACUGUCAGAAAUAGAUUAUGCUUGUCAGUAUAAAGCCCUAGUGAGUAUACCUGUAAUAUAACGAACAUUUUGCAACGUUACAUCCGUUAGAAAACACGCCUUUAAUACCAUCAGGAAUCAGAAGCAACCACACCGUGACGACGACGUCGGAAUUAAAGCGCGAUAUAUUUGAUGAGCAAAAUAGCACCUCGGCUCGCGCAUUGCACAUUAGUUUGUGAUCACUCCACAGCUAUGACGUGGUGGAACUUUACAAAGUGACGUUUUUAUAGAGGACGUUAAAAUCGAUGUUCUUCUAUUUCUAAAAUUUGAUGUGUUCCCAAAUUAUCAACUCUUCAUGAAAAUUCGCCAGCAUUUGACCAGUUAGAGCCUGUUGAAAUAAUCUCGAUAAAAUUAACGUUUCGAUGCUUUCGCUUUCGCGGUUGCUUGGACUCCCUGGAAUUCCCUAGCCCAGGGGGGUUAGUCUAUGGAGGCUCUGGGUGGGCCUAAAUGACAACUGAUCCACUAUUUAACCACUGAACUGAUUUUCAGCUGGAAAUCCCACUGCAAUGGACGCUAUAAACGCAGGAAUGGAUGAAUGGACCUCAAAAACUUGCAUACGCUUUAAAAAGAGGACGAACGAGCCAUCCUACGUCGUAUUCCAGGAUGGUAGCGGGUAAGAACUCUUGAAAAUGAUCACUUGCAUUCGAAAAACAUUUGAUUCAGUAGCAGAUCCAGGGGAGGGACCCGGCGGCCCCGCCCUUAUUUUGAGUCCAAACCGAUAUGCGAUAUUUCGGCCUUCCUUGGCUAAAAUUGACUCUAAAAUCUAUGAUUUUAAAGCUUGUUAUUUAACCGCCAUGACCGCCAUUACUGUCUUGCAAUACUUUUAACCAGCGGUCUUUAUUUGACCACAAGGGUAUAUUUCACAACUCAAUGUGCCCCGCCUUUUGGCCUUCAAUAUUAUGUGCCUGGUACCAGCGGUUAAAUUUCUCCUGCCCGCCUAUUAACAGGGAAAAGAAGCAUCUGCUAGCAGGGAAAUUUCAUGGCAGACUAAAUAUUAAUUACUCAAACUGAAAUUCUAACAUUCUCCAAAAAGCUAGACAAACAGGGCGCAGGAUGGCAAGAUGUUGUAUCAACCGUACAUAUACAACACAACACAGGAAUUCUUUUGUUCACUGACACUAGGCCGACUAAAUCCCUAGCGAAGUACUUUCCCGGUUAACAUCUAUGUAAUAGGAAACCGUUAUAGAUUAAGGUUGUCAUGAUGUGGAAGAUAUUGAUCAGAGUCUAAUAUGAAACAAUCACAGCACUCUGUCUAAACGAUAAAACCAAGGGUUUCCAACAGGUUUUUCAGAAUCGGGAUUUGCUUUUAAUUAGGACUUUCUUCACAGAGAAUGCUUUAACUACACGCAGUAUACUAUGAAAAGGGAACCGCAUUCCGGAAUCGGAGAAAUUUUUGCAUGAGGAAUCGAGAAUCCUGGACUUUGGAAUCCGGAAUACAGCAUAAGGAAUCCGGAAUCUAAAUUCCACUGAAAAAGAUCUGGAAUCCAGUGCCUUGAAUCCGGAAUCCACGGCGUGGAAUCCAGAAUCCAAGACUGUUUUGGAUUCCCUUACGUGGGGCAAUUUUUCCCUCUUUCUAGGUGCUCUUCGAAUAUUGGAAGGACUAGGCGUCAACCGCAACAAAUCAAUCUUGCGAGGGGAUGCCGUACCAGAGGGAUUGUUGCUCACGAAAUAGGUAAAUCGAGAUAUAUUCAUAUCAUUUAAUAAGUGACAUUAAUUUAAAAGGACGUUUCCACCAAAGCAAUUUCUUUUAUCGUUUGUUGCUUCUAAGGAACCUACAUUAGAAGAGAGAUGAGAGUCAGUUGAUUUGGUUAGGGCAAGAAUUUUUUUCUUAGUGAUCAUCAGAUUUACCCCAAAUUUCUUUAUGUUCUUAAAAGUCUAUUAUAGAAACCCCAUUCUCCCUUUAACUCUUUGCAAGAAAUUUGUUUCGUCUGAUCUGUCAAGGAGUUCUCUAAAGAAUUUGCUCGAAAACGAUUAAAGUUCAAGUUGUGUUUAAUGUAAAGACUUGUGGAGUUUUCGUUCGUUCUCUAAGUUGAAUCAUAGCAGUACCCCUAUCCAGCCGGAGCUGUUCUGAUAUGUCCGCUGAUAUGGUACCAUACGAUGAUUUUUUAUUUUUUCACUUUGUAGGACAUGCCCUCGGUUUCUUCCACGAACAGUCUCGUGCUGAUAGAGACUCUUUUGUUAGGAUAUUGACACAAAACAUAAGACCAGGUAACAAUGUAAAUGUCAUACCGUCAUUUUUUAUCGUUUUUUAAUGGUAUAAACUCUAAAUAUGGCAAUGCCGAUUAUUCCUAGCAACCCCAUGGACCAGGCAACCCUAAAUUUCUUGGUACCCAGACCAACUAAAUCAUUUACACAGUAAAAAUUAAAGGUGCCGUGCCCAAAACGUUUUUCGUUUCGUACACAGGUAUGAUUGGGCACUACGAACUAUCACAUACCCCAGCCGGGAUACUCCCUAAAAUGGCCGUAAAGGGAAGCUCCGCCUUUUUCAGGCUUCAGUUAUAUGAAAGGGUAGGGAUUUCUCUCGUUGAAUUAUAUGAAAGAGCUAUCUAGCAGAUGCAUUUUAUAGCUGAUAAAAAGUGUAGAAAACACUCUGGUUUUGUGAGUUACAGUCAACUCUCUCUUAACGCUUUGCAUUGUACUCUUGUACUCCACGGAAGUUACAUACAGUGGAACCUCGAUAAAACGAACCUCAACGUAACGAAGGCCUCGGUAUAACGAACGAUUUUCUUUACCCCCCAACUGAAUAGUAAAAUGCAUGAAAAAGAAUCUCGAUAUAACGAAACCUCGUUAUAGCAAAAACACUUUGGCAUUCCCUUGACUCUUCGUUAUAUGGAGGUUCCACUGCACUUGUUUUUUUUUUGUCACAUUUUUACAGGUUUCGAAAACAAUUUUCUCAAGUACGACAAUGGUUUUAUUAAUUCCCUUGCGAGUCCCUACGAUUAUGGAAGCGUGAUGCACUACGGAGACAAAUUUUUUACUAAAAAUGGUCAGCCCACGAUUGAAGUUCUAACGCCUGGGGUAUGUUGCUACUAGGGCUACCAGUUUAGUGCUCAAGAACAGGUGUAUUAAUAAUUUUAUUUUUCUGCAAAAGACCCUUAGUUUAAAAUACCUGCCGUCUUUGCACGCGCUGGCUGAUGUGAUAAUAGCAAGUCAGGUGGUUUUCAUCAGGGGAGCAAACAAAUGAAAAAGAUUGCCUUUGCAAAAAAUCGCGGUCGAGUCUGCUUAUUCUAGACAACAGAAAAUAAAGAAGUUUUCAUCUAAAAGACGAUAAUGGCAAAUAUUAUUAUUGAUGGAAGUGGUCAUUGUUACUUUUUGGGAUACAGUGGCGAUCGACUGUAGAUGUCCUCAUUGCAAACGUACAAUAAUGACGUAAAACUUGUUGAAACUCGAACUGUACGCUUCGCAUGACUAUUAAAUCCUGGUCUAGAUUUGAUAGAAUAAACAAACACGACCGCAAUUACUCGUGUUGGUAAAGAUUUUAUCACUAGCUUGCCCCCUGAAAUACUACUUGACACUGGCAAAGAUGGCGGGUAUCGUAAAAAAGGUCUCUUCAUUUUAUUGCGGGCGACAAGAGGAGCCCUCAAUCCCAAUCUCCAGGGCCCGGUUGCAUAAAACGCCCGUAACAACUACGGGUAUACGUACGUGCACUCGCAACUUAAGUGAGUUGCAUUAAAUCACUUAAGUGGUCCACUUAGGGAAUUCAAUUAAGUGGUUGUACUUACGAUUUUCGUAAGUGUUCACUGAAGUGUCGGUUAUGCAACAGAAAUUGUGGGUGUUGCAUAAAACGUUUUUUAGGGGAAAAAUAGCACGUAAAUUUACGGGACCUAUGUAGGUCCCGUAUCGUUACUGUUUUUACUAAAGUUAACGAAAUCUUUUUCUGAGAAGUAGAAAAAAAGUAAUUUUUCUUCACGUAAUUCGUUCUAAUGCGCUUUGUUAACCUCUGAUGUACACUUUAAAGCCGACGUUGUGAAAAAAGAAGAAGAAUUAUCAUUUUCAGUAGACAUUGAAGAAAAAUAACGAUUGCAUGCAAAUUUCAAUUUUUUUUAAGGCUUAAAAGUGUUCGAAACGAAUUAAAACUUUCUUUACACUCACCGAUGGUUAGCUUAAAAAAAAAGAGUGAGUCAUUAAUAAAGUACUACAUCAAAGUUACGUGUGCCUUUAAGUGAACCCGUAAUUUACCACGUACAAGAGUAACUUACGAGAGUGCUAAGUGCGUUUCAUGCAACACCCGCAAGUGUACCCAUAACGGAUUCGUAAGUGACCUACUUGAGUGGGCACUUAAGUGUAGCUUUUAUGCAACCGGGCCCAGGUUGUUAUUACGAAUGCGUCGCAUGUUUGUAGCCAACAUUUGUUUGGACUUCCACUAAGAAUGCAUGGAAUGUGCAGAAUGCAAUUUGAUCACGCGCCUUUGAACCUUCUAUCACUCGUAAUCUGGUCUCGCGUGUUUUGAUUAUUUGUCACGUGAAGCUUACGCAAGGCACAGUGCUAUAGCAAAAGCGUUUAGACUUUCGAUCUGUGUCGCCCGCACUCCGUAACCUUUGGUUAUUACUAGUUAAUAUUUUAUUACUGAGGUACGUGAAGGGGUGAGAUCACUAUUGACACAGAAGGGCAUCUGUGGGACAUUUUUGACUCAGAAGAUCAAUUAGGGUUUAUGCGAAGCUGCCCACCUACCCCUCCCCUAAGCCAAAAUUUUCCCUUAAGUGAGAAUUAAGUGUUAAUGUUGGUUUAGGGGAUGGGUAGGUGGCACGUUUACCAGAAACCUCAGUUAAAUGGGUCUGAUUUGACCCCAAUAUGAAAUACAAGAUCUGGUCUUCAUGAAAAGGAAUUGAAAAGGCUGUAGUCGUUAAGAAGUUAAUUCCAUACCUUACUUUACUUUUUUCUUUUAGGCUAAAAUUGGCCAAAGAAAUGGCCUAAGUCCAAUUGAUGCGCAACAAGCAAACCUGCUCUACCAGGCAUUGUGCGACGGUAAGCUCUACAAACAAGCCAACGGCAAUUUAGUUCCCUGCAUUCAAAGUUACCUAUUAAUCGCAUGCAUUUGGAAAGUUGUAGUCAGCAGUUGUCUUCAUGAUCAGUAGUUGACGUAGUAGUAUUAGUAUUGGCCCUCCAUAUAAACAAUAUAUAGCGAGGGUCCUGGCUUAAGUAGUUUAGAGGAAAAAAAGGGCGACUCAAUUAACAGUAAUUCAACUUUAUUUUGAGUUAAACUUAAUUUUUAUUUAGAAAUUGGAAAGUCUUAGAACCCUUGUGGAAAGCAAACUUUAAAACGAAUACGAUAAUUUAUAUGAAGACAGAUCGAGUUAGUUCAAAAUUACAAAAAUGUGCUGUUAAAAAAAAAAAUUAAUUACUUCUAAACUGAUUUCUUUUCAGCGCGGCCUAAAACUGCAGGUAUGUUAUAAAAAUUUAAACACCUUAUUUCUAAAACAUGAUUAAACAACACACCGUUUGGCAACACACGCUACUCCCCCUCUUUCCCCCACACCCAUCCUUGCCAAAGCAAGUCCCAUUCUGGCUAAGGCGAGAAAGAUCUGCGCAAGCACGAGGUAUAUAUGACCUUCUAUUGAGCAUUGUUGAGGUCUGCGGUCUUAAAGGAAAGAAAAGUUCUAUCAUCUUUUCCCUCCAGUGCCUGAGAUGAUUUUAGCAGGAAAUUCAUUAGAACUAUUCUCCUUUCCCUCUUGCCAGUUGAGCAAUCCAUUAUUUUUUGUAAAACGAAAGCGUACCUUAUGACCAUUGCAGUGGUUUGAGCGAGGUGAAAACUAAAAUGCCUUUUUUUGCAUCCCAUAAGCCCAAAAAUCAAACUAAGAAAAAAAGGAGAAGAUGAUUAUAGGAAAGAGAAAGAAGAAACGUUUUUUUCCAAAAUCUAGCUACAUAUUCAGUUUUAACUUAUAAAUUUUACACGAAUAUUCAUGAACAAGUGGUGAAUACGAUGCAGCUCGGUCGCAAAUACAUCCACCCAUCCAUCUAUUUUUAUAAAGGCUACAAAUCAAAGUAAAAACCGUUUUAUUAAUUUUAAUCUUGCAGUGCCAAGCACAGCUCCUCCUCCUCCUCCUACAACUGGUGAGUGAGUUUUCCAAGGAAGACCCCAACCCUCCAACCUCAUUCUACGAGAUAAUCAAAACUGGUUUUCAGACAAGGAGCAUCCGUUUAUUGAUAAACCAAUGGUCAUAAAUGUGCCAGCUGUACCAAGCGCACUGCUAUUAAGCCUAUGUUAGAAUAUUAUAUCCCAGCAACAAGCAGCACAUUCAAGCAAGAUCUCCCUUAAUUCAUUACGUUCUCGAGUACGCUGCCAACACAAAAUCGAGAAGUGAAAGGGAAGCUUUGAUAAAAGGCCACAGUUGUAAUUGUAAAAUACAUGACUCACAUUCUUUUGCGAUCGAUCAAUUGCUAGAUUUGAACGAGUGCCUCUCUUCAUCCUGUGACGCCAAUGCCGUUUGUCAGAAUACCAUUGGUUCCUUUACUUGCACGUGUAUUGCUGGAUAUACUGGAAAUGGAUUAUCUUGCACAGGUAAGAUAAAUUUACACAAAUUUAGUUCUUUCCUAAAUAAGACUAGUACAAAAUAAACCAGAAGCUAAAAUGGGUACUGUCAUAAAUGCGCCCGCUGUAUCAAGCUCACUGCUAUUAAGCCUGUGUUAGAAUAUUAUAUCCCAGCAACAAGCAGCACAUUCAAGCAAGAUCUCUCUUAAUUCAUUACGUUCUCGAGUACGCUGCCAACACAAAAUCGAGAAGUGAAAGGAAAGCUUUGAUAAAAGGCCACAGUAAUGUAAUUGUAAAAUACAUGACUCAUAUUCUUUUGCCAUCGCUCAAUUACUAGAUUUGAACGAGUGCCUCUCUUCACCCUGUGACGCCAAUGCCGUUUGUCAGAAUACCAUUGGUUCCUUUACUUGCACGUGUAUUGCUGGAUAUACUGGAAAUGGACUAUCUUGCACAGGUAAGAUAAAUUUACACCAAGUUAGUUCUUUCCUAAAUAAGACUAGUACAAAAUAAACCAGAAGCUAAAAUGGGUACCAUCGUGGUGUCUUGAGGGUCAGGUAGAACAUUCCUCUAUACUUCGAAUCGCUUAUGUCGUUUUGCCACUGAAAUCACAUAAACUAUUAAAUUUGAUUAUUCCAUUGAAGAUAAAUUGAGCUUUUUGUGCUAACAAAUAGUGCUCCAUUAAAUCGCACACACAUUCAUCCGAGUACUUGUGCUUGCAUAGGCAAUCGCGGAUGUUUGACGUCCACUGACUAUAUCCCGGUUGUCUUGACAUAACAAUAUCUGGUAAAAGGUUAAGUUUGAACAAGUCGAAAUCAUUUUGAAUUCUUGGUUUUAGCUAACCCAAAGCUCUGUAAAUAACCCUUGAACGUUAACAAGCAAUUCUUACCAUAAUAAGUUAAGCGAUCUGUUUUAAAAAACCUUCUUCUGUUUAAAGUAUUUUGCCAGUAAGCAGACAUCCGCCAGUGCACGAGAUUAUUUUAGCAGGAAAUGCAUUAGAACUAUUCUCCUUUCCCUCUGGCCAGUUGAGCAAUCCAUUAUUUUUUGUUAAACGAAAACGUACUUAAUGAUGAUCGGAGCAUGCAGUUUGAGCGAGGUGAAAACUAAAAUGCCUUUCUUGCAUCCCAUAAGCCCAAAGACUAAACUACAAAAAACGAAAAGAGUAACUUAUGGGAAAGAGAAAGAACUAACGUUUUUCAAAAUCCAGCUGCAUAAUAAUUCAGUUUUAACUUAUAAAUUUUACACGAAUAUUCAUGAACAAGUGGUGAAUUCGAUGCAGCUCGGUCGCAAAUGCAUCCACCCAUCCACCUAUUUUUAAAAAGACUACAAAGCAAAGUAAAACUGUUUUAUUAAUUUUAAUCUUGCAGUACCAAGCACAGCUCCUCCUCCUCCUCCUCCUACAACUGGUAAGUGAGUUUUCCAAGAAAGACCCCAACCCUCCAACCUCAUUCUACGAGAUAAUCAAAACUGGUUUUCCGACUGGGAGCAUCCGUUUAUUGAUAAACCAAUGGUCAUAAAUGUGCCAGCUGUACCAAGCACACUGCUAUUAAGCCUAUGUUAGAAUAUUAUAUCCCAGCAACAAGCAGCACAUUCAAGCAAGAUCUCCCUUAAUUCAUUACGUUCUCGAGUACGCUGCCAACACAAAAUCGAGAAGUGAAAGGGAGGCUUUGAUAACAGGCCACAGUUGUAAUAUAAAAUACAUGACUCACAUUCUUUUACGAUCGAUCAAUUGCUAGAUUUGAACGAGUGCCUCUCUUCACCCUGUGACGCCAGCUCAACAAAGUAUGGGAUCGAGGCUCCGAGGUCCAGCCUCUUACCCUUUUAUUUACAUUUUCAUAUCUGCACCUUUCAUCACUAAAACAGGGAGUAUUCUUCUGGGUGUUUUGUCUCCAAUAUUUUUUUUUGUUUGGUCCUUUUCUGAGCAGAUCUUUCCCAGGGGCGGAGGGAAAGAAGGCUGCGGAAGAUUUGUCUUUAACGUUCUUUUUACUCUUUUUUUAGCUAUCUGUCAAGACAAUGCCUCCUCUUGCGCUUGGUUUAGGUUUUUCUGGUGUUCUUUCGCUCCAAGCUCCUGCCGGAGGACCUGCAAUAGAUGUCCUUGAUCUCAUAAAGUCACAGCAAUGAUCGAGACUGACGCCGUUUCAGAGGCUCAUGCUCAUUCUAAGUUUCUACCUAAACAUAGUUUUAAUACUGUCUUAAAAUACACCGUGCUUAAACCACUUUAAUUAAAUUUAACUUGUUAUCGAAUGUUUUUGUCAUCAAGAAAAUUGCAUCUCAAGUUGUGUUGAAAAGGCUAAAGUUACUUUGAGCUCCUGUUAGGUAUUUUGUUGAACUUCAUGUGUUGACAUGCUCAGUACGUAGAAUCAAUUUUGCACAGUGUCGAAGAUCAUUUCUUUUUCAGGAAACUAAGAGUAACCUCGGUAAAAACUGAAAUAAACGGUUUAAUUUUUGAUGAGACUGAUCAAAGUUGCAUUUCUCUUGCUGCCGUUGAGGGGUUGUUCCUGCCAUGCGGGACAUUGUCAUGUGUAUAAUUUCUNGGUUUUUCUGGUGUUCUUUCGCUCCAAGCUCCUGCCGGAGGACCUGCAAUAGAUGUCCUUGAUCUCAUAAAGUCACAGCAAUGAUCGAGACUGACGCCGUUUCAGAGGCUCAUGCUCAUUCUAAGUUUCUACCUAAACAUAGUUUUAAUACUGUCUUAAAAUACACCGUGCUUAAACCACUUUAAUUAAAUUUAACUUGUUAUCGAAUGUUUUUGUCAUCAAGAAAAUUGCAUCUCAAGUUGUGUUGAAAAGGCUGAAGUUACUUUGAGCUCCUGUUAGGUAUUUUGUUGAACUUCAUGUGUUAACAUGCUCAGUACGUAGAAUCAAUUUUGCACAGUGUCGAAGAUCAUUUCUUUUUCAGGAAACUAAGAGUAACCUCGGUAAAAACUGAAAUAAACGGUUUAAUUUUUGAUGAGACUGAUCAAAGUUGCAUUUCUCUUGCUGCCGUUGAGGGGUUGUUCCUGCCAUGCGGGACAUUGUCAUGUGUAUAAUUUCUUAAGACAUGAAAGCGAACAAAGAUGCCACCCUUCUCCCCCUCCCCGUUUUGUUCCACUUUACUCUUCUGAAUGGCGAGGGUACCCUGACCUCUUUUGCUGGGAUUAUCUUCUCGUGUAUCUGAAUUUUCCUAGUUUCAAGCGCUUUAUACGCUUGACUAAAUUAAAUAAACGGCCACACUCCUAUGGCAAAAUUUAUCCCAAAUGGAAACUUUCAUUGAUUAUUUUGUAUCCCAGCAAACAGAAUUCACCCACAGUAUCACUCGGCCAACAUUAAUAUCUGACUUAAUAAUUAUAAUGUAAAGAAACAUGAAGCAUAGAUCUCAUUAAAUACUCCGAGUGGGUAGUCUCCCUCGCACCCGUUUUUUGGAUGUCACGCAACGCGCAAUGCGUGACAUCCAAAAAACGGCUGCGAGGGAGACUACCGAGUGGGGAAGAAUAGACCCUUUUAGCUUGUACGUUUUCAAACCACGUGAUGUUACACCAGAGAACACAGGCGUCCCAAAUUCAAUAUGUGAGCGUAUGUUAAGGAUCAAUAAAUCUGCUAAUAUUACGAAAGGUAGCAUUUCAUAGGUCUAUAGGGGAAAAAUAAAUACUUGCAUCACCUUGCGUACCUGGAAAUGACGAUACGGAGGGAAAGAGAAAGAAGAGAGAAGACAGAAAGGGAGAAAAACCUUAGCUAUGAGGAUCUGGAGUGGGAGAAACUUCUUCAUGAGGAUCUGCUUAAAAAGCAAAGAGUCUGACAUCUGAAAAGAAAUUGCCUUAAAAAGACAAGCCAAAAUUGGUGUCAGCUCACAUUCAGCUGUCAGCAGCUAUACAAAGUGUCUCCAUCAGAAAAGGUCAAGAUGCAAGUAACUCUGAAGCAAACAGCAGCUCAGAAGCAAGCGAAGAGAGUAGUGAGGACUAUGUUGUGCAGGAAGUUGAGAGUGAUUCCUCCGAGGAUGAUGAAUAAAGAUGAUGAUGAUGACAAUGUACCCUCGCAAAACUGGCAUCCAACAGUUGGAAUGACGGUGAUAGCAAUGUACCAUUGCCAAACACAGUUGUUAACUAGUAAUAGUUGGCACAACUGAAACAGCUUCUCCCUCUCUGUAUAUCGUCGGUCAAUAGUGUUCUUAGUCGCUGUGUAGCUCUUUGAAAUAUACCAAUUCAUAAUGAAGACUUUCACACAUAUUCCAUACAAUGGGUGAGAGUAAAAACAGGAAACACAAGGUUACACAUGCACUGUUUCGGUUCGAUUUACACAGCUUUGAUAUGAAAACAUUCCCAGUUUCGAGAAUAGUUUAUUCUAAGCUAUAAGAAAGGAUUUAUUUAGAAGCUGGGAUUUUUCGCUAUUUCUCUUUCACUUCUUAUAUACGGUUCAUUUUAUUUGUCGGAAAGUAAACCUUAGAAAUUAACAGGUUUGAUCAAUUCACGCUCGCGCCUUCUAGCCUUUUUACAAACUUUAUUCCGGGAAGGACGUCUGUGAGUACAGACAGUCUGUGAGUCUGUGAGUAGGGAAUAAGUCAGCACAGAAUUUGGUUGUCGGCCAAUUUCUGUAAUCGUCCAUCGUUCUGCCAGUGAUAAUCUAGCCGUUGAUUCACCUGAUUCACUCGUCUUGCUUGUUUGGGAUUUAGUCUUAUUCCCCCAAAGACAGAGAAGGAGUGUCUGCCUAAUUUUUCCAAUCAAAGAUUUGUGAACUCGUGUCUGGCAAACAAGUGUUUAUAUAAACACAGUUAUCAGCUGCAUCUACGUCGCUGGCUAUCAGUGGCUAUGAAACCUCAUCUAUUUUCUGGUUUGAAUAUUGGACAGUAACACUAUAAUCAGACUAUUGUCCUGCUUGCUAAACUGAAACUAGCCCAAGAUGUAUUUUUACCCAAAGAAGGACAUGAUCAAAUCUUACUAUCAAUAUCACUAUAAUUAGUUUAGGAUAUAUAAUUGCCUUCACACUAUAGGUGUCUUAAGUGUCUUAAAACGUAUAGUUAUUGAGGUGAAGGUGACUCAGCUAGAGGUGCAAAAGACGCAACAUAUACUGGUUUGUCGUUCUUUUCUUGGCGAGAACUGUGUAUAGCAAUUCGCAUAAUCCUGAUGGUAAGGUCUUCUUCUACUUAGUGAAAGAAACACCUACUAGAAAAAGGAAAUGUUAAGAUUCUAAGGGCAGCUUCCCAAAUCUACCAUGACCUAAUUAACCGGAAGCGUCGGAGUUGAACCUGGAAUUCUCAUACUAUCCCCAGUUGUCACUGCUAGAAUGGGGCUGCAACGGUCAAAAAAAGUUCAGAAAGGGAUUGAAAGAUGUGAAAGAUGGAGGAAUUAUUGCUAGAAAAGCAGGCUUAUUGUGGGGACUGAGCGUGAUGAAAUCUACACUGCAGGUCAGACUAAAUAGGAGAGUGACCUUUGACCGUCGGAUUGAGGUCCCAUCCCCAAGCUUUUUUUUUUUUUAAUAAAAAAUGAAGAAAAAAAAUGUUUUGCAGAUUGGCUUAUUGAGCUUGCAAAACGCGGCUUCGGCAUGUCCCCGGAUCAUCAUCAUCAUCAUUAUUAUUGAUUAUUAUAUUUAUAAACGAGGAGUGUUUUGUCAGAUAUCUAUACAUGUUUUGAUUGUAAUGUUUAUCAUCCCCUUCUCCUUCAUAUUUUAAGGUUUCAAAAGUUUAUUACCAUGUUUUCUUUUCUUUCCUUUUUUUUCCUAGCACGUAAUAACUACAGGAUUCUCAAUGAGACUGACCGCAAGAACGAUUACCAAACUCUAAAGAACGUUGUCCGCAAAUGCGAUGGCCGCUUGCGAAGGGGCUGGUACAGGUUUAUGGGUGCGGCAGGUACAAAAAUGCCUUCCCAAGUCGUCCCCAUAUCACGCUGUGGGACAGAUGCAACUGGGUGGCUCAGCGGCAGUCAUCCGACAGUGAAUCAAGGUGCUGUCCGACGCAGAGUGUGUUUUCAUUGGGCUGGACGAGAUAGAAGGCGCAGAAAAUAUGACAGGUCGUGCAUGUGGUCUCGUUAUAUUCGUGUCCUAAACUGUACCACCUUUUUGGUGUACGAACUGAUUCCGAUAAAAAGAUGCCAUUUGCGUUAU